AUGAAGGAUAAUGAUCGAACGGCUUUACAUGCCCGUGUACCUCAUGUGCUUCCUGGUGUACGGAAUGUGGAUAAAACACCUACAUCACUCUUGAUUCAAUACUCUCCACGUGAAAUUGCGGCUCAGAUUACCAUUUUAACAUCUCAUGUUCAUCAUUAUCUUACAGGACCAGAACUUAUUGGUCAGCGCUGGAAUACAGAGGAAGCAGUUUUCAUACCAAAUUUUAUUCAAUAUCGAGAUUUUUUUUCUCAAGUGAAUAAUUGGGUAUCGUAUGCUAUUGUUUCUGAGGGAGAUUUAGAACGUCGUUCACUGAAUUUAGCUGCUAUGAUUUUUGUAUGUGAUGAACUCCAUAAAAUGCGAAACUGGGAUAUGUUAGUUGCUGUUUACGGUGGUCUUCGGGAUCCAUCAGUUGAACGUUUACACCAUACAUGGUCAUCACUUCCACGUGAUGUGAUUGAGGUAUCUACCAAAUUGCAAAAUCUCCUUAACCCAGAUGCAGGAUACAAAACUUUGAAGGAUAUUAUGCGAGAAGGAAAACGACCCCAGUUUCCCUGUAUUGCUGUUUUUAUUGAGGAUUUAGUGGAACUAGAAAGUGAGAAAAAUUCUCAACAGGGUUUCGUAAACUUUGGACGUUGUUUGCAGCAAUAUCAACUGUUGCAGUAUCUUCUUCUUGGACGUGACAUGAGAGUUAGUCAUUUGGUGCGUAACGAUUAUUUAAUGGGUUCAUUCUCAUUCUGGGACCCUGUAGACUCAUCUGUGUUGAUGGAACUCUCAAAUAGAAUAGAAGGGAAUUAG